AUGCCGAGUGUAGAAGCUUCGCAAAUUGAGACUAAUGGCAAUGGAGAGCAAAAUAUCGAAGAAGAGCCAAGCAAACCCGUCAUUGGAAUUAUCUAUCCGCCUCCAGAAGUGCGCAAUAUCGUUGAUAAAACGGCAAGUUUUGUGGCUCGAAACGGUUUGGAAUUUGAAACUCGUAUACGUCAUAAUGAAGCAAAUAAUCCCAAAUUUAACUUCUUAAAUUCAAAUGAUCCGUAUCACGCGUACUAUCAACAUAAACUAAUAAACUUUCGGGAAGGAAACUCAACCACCGAACCUCCUAAACAGCAACAAUCUAUACAAUCGCAAAUUACUGAAACAUUUAUACCCAAAGAUCCUCCACCUGCUCCUCAAUUUAUAGCUGAACCACCUUCGAUAUCGGCUUUUGAUCUGGAUCUCGUCAAACUGACAGCAUUAUUUGUGGCCAGGAAUGGUCGCCAAUUCUUAACAAAUUUAAUGAGCCGCGAGCACAAUAAUUAUCAGUUCGACUUUUUAAAGCCUCAACAUUCACUCUUUCAAUAUUUCACUAAACUGGUAGAGCAGUACACCAAUGUUUUGAUUCCUCCAAAAGACAUUGUACAGAAAUUAAAGGAAGACUGCAGAGAUUCGUCUAAUAUACUUGAUCGCGUAAAGUAUGCGGUAAAUUGGGGCAAGUACAAGGAAGAGCAGCGACAAAAAGAAGAAGCAGAACAAGAUAGAGAGAGAAUUGCAUUUGCACAAGUUGAUUGGCAUGACUUCGUAGUUGUAGAAACUGUUCCAUUUAAAGAUGACGAAAAAGACAAUCUUCCACCUCCUGUAACACCGGAAGAAUUGGGCAUUCGUAUCAUAGCACAGCAACGUUAUGAAGAAGAACAAAGAACUACUGAAGUUGAAAUGGAGGUUGAUGAAGACGAUCAGGAAAGUUCACCACCCCCACUUCCACCCACCGAAGCGGAUAACGCUAGUAUGCCACCUCCACUACCUCCUGUUGCUAAUGCUGUCGUUAAGAAAGAUUAUGAUCCAAAAUCUUCUAAAAAGCUAUCUGAAUCAACUACCCAAUACCUUAUAUCUCCAUUGACUGGUGAGAAAGUACCUGUCGACAAAAUGGACGAACACAUGAAAUAUGGUCUUCUUGAUCCGGAAUGGCGUAGUGAUAGAGAUCGGUCGAUGAAAGAAAGAAUGGAACAAUUGGCGGUUUAUGCCGUUGGUGGUGAUAUAGGUGAUCAUUUGAAGAAUUUAGCUUCACGUCGUACCGAUAUCUUUGGUGCGGCCGAUGAAGAAACCAUCAUCGGUAAGAAGAUUGGAGAAGAUGAAAUUGCUAAAGCAAAAGAUCAAAAAGCUAUCUGGGAUGGUCAUAGUGGAAGUAUGGGAUCAGUUACUCGAGCUGCCCGAGCCAAUAUUACUACUGAAGAUGUAGAAAUGGCGGAAAAGAGAGCAGCAGGUAUUACUAGGGAAGGAGAGGAUAAUAUCGGUCCGACUGUAACUUCAAAGACAACUGAAUUGUCCCAUUUGUCAAAUCCAACACCUACAUCGAGUACCAACACGUUACCACGUCCACCUAUGUCUAUGCCAUCAUUACCUCGUUCUCUACCUCCUCCUCCUCCUCCGCAAUCCUUUGCGCCAGGCAUUACUCCAAUGCAAUCAAAUAAUACUAUGAGGCCAACUUCACUUCCAUUUAGUCACCCACCACCGCCCGGUGUUCCUUCGCAUGCAAAUCCAGGAAACAUGCCACGAGUACCGAUGCCACCUCGGCACGGCUUUAUGUUAGCUCCACAGCCUCCACCACCAGGUCAAGGAGGUUUUGCCCCACGACCACCAAGUGGUAUGCUACGUCCAAGAGCAGAACCUACUCGUGAACCAGAUAAGGCAGAACCAUUACAAAAGAAAUUAAAAGCAGACACAGAUACAGGCCUUACUCCUGAAGCAGAAUUUUUGGCUAGAAAUCCGCCGUUCGUCACGUUCAAAGUGCAAGUACCAUCCUUACCUGAAAAGAAUGAAUGGAAGCUAAAUGGCCAGAUGAUAUCAUUCAAUUUACCUCUGAAAGACCAGAUAUCUACUAUUAAGACGAAAAUACAUGAAUCAACUGGAUUGCCGUCAGGAAAACAAAAGUUGCAAAUUGGGACUAUCUUCAUCAAGGAUUCCUUCAGUCUUGCUUAUUAUAAUGUAACCCCAGCAACCGUUAUCCAGUUACAAUUAAAGGAAAGAGGAGGAAGAAAGAAAUAA